UACUCAGCAGAGCGGACUCCUCGUCUCCGUUUGAUGACGUUGAUAAUUUCUGUUUACUAGGGAACUCCCACUGGCUUCGUACAAGAUAUUUGUUUUAACCAAAAAACGCGGAUUUCUUCCCGUCGAACAGGCCGCGAUCUUGGAUGGAGUGAUUGUUGAGCCCCAGUGAGAUGACUGACCAGGGCAACAACAACCAGAACAUCUCCUGCAACCCCUUCGCUGCCCUCUUCAGCUCCGUGGCUGAUGCUACACAGUUUGCAUCAGGCCAGAAACCGCUGUCCACCGAACCACAGCUGGAGGGCUCGGGAGAGAGCCAGUCAGACUCAGACAACUCUGUGUCAGACAGCGUUGAUGACAAUGACGACUCUGUGGCAGAGAUCAGCCGCUCGUUCCGGUCCCGCCAGGAGCUGUGUGAACAGCUCAACGUCAAUCACAUGAUCCAGCGAAUAUUCCUCAUUACUCUGGACAACAGUGAUCCCAGUCUAAGAGGAGGUAAUGGGACCCCCCCUCGCUGCGUGUUCUUGGAGGAGAUGGCUGCAGAUCUGGAUGGACAGGACUGGCUGGAUAUGGACAACAUAGAGCAGGCUCUGUUUAACCGCCUGCUGCUGCCAGAGCCUGGAAACCACCUCAUCUACAUGACAUCAUGUAGCGCGGUAAACCUGUCUGCUGACCGUGAUGCUGGAGAGAAAUGUGCCAUCCCUUAUCUUUUUGCUUGUUUCCAGAGGGCCAAGGAAGAGGUGACAAAGGUACCAGAGAAGUUGCUGUCGUUUGCUGUUCGCUGUAAGAAUCUAACGGUGUCUAACACACGGACAGUUCUGCUCACCCCAGAGAUCUACAUCAGCCAGAAUGUCUACGAACAGCUUCUGGACCUGCUGCUGGAAGGUUUCAAUGGAGCACAGUCAGAGGAAGUGAUUGAGUUUGUGGACGAGGUCAUUGCUGGCGUGCUCUCUGACCAGGAAGUGCGUACCUUCGAGGAGGUGAUAGUACCAGUGUUUGACAUCUUCCACGGACGCAUCAAAGACUUGGACCUCUGUCAGCCUCUCCUCUACACCUACUUAGACGUUCUCCUCUAUUUCAGCCACCAUAAAGAUAUCGCUAAGGUAUUGAUGGAAUACAUUCAGCCCAAAGACCCAGCCAAUGGUAUGCAGUACCAGAAGAGCCUGUUGGGGGCAGUUUUGAAUAUCUCCUGCUUGUUAAAAACCCCAGGUGUGGUUGAGGGACAUGGCUACUUCCUGAACCCCUCCCGCUCCAGUGCCCAGGAGACAAAGGUCCAGGAGGCCAACAUCUACCAGUUUAUGGGCCAGUUUCACGACAAGCUGCACCAAAUCUUGAAAAACCUGCUUCAGAGAUCUGGUGAGACGCGCCACCUGCUGCUGUCGUGGCUGGGCAGCUGUCUGCAGGCCAACGCCGGCCGGGCGAAGAUAUGGGCCAAUCAGAUGCCAGAGAUCUUCUUCCAGAUGUAUGCUUCAGAUGCAUUCUUUUUGAACCUGGGUGCAGCUCUGUUUAAGCUGUGCCAGCCUUUCUGCAGGCCUCGUUCGCCCAAACUGCUCACCUUCAACCCCACCUACUGCGGCUUCAAGGAUCUGAGUGAAGAAGAGAGGCGGAAUCGCAAUGUUCAUGCGAGGGGUCUCGACAAGGAAACCUGUCUGAUCCCGGUGCCCCCUCAACAGCCAGUGGAGUUUGCACAGUCCUACAGCCUGCUGACUGAAAACCUCAUCCUCACACAACUCACCCUGCAUCUAGGCUUCCACAGACUCCAUGAGCAAAUGGUGAAGAUGAACCAGUCUCUCCACCGGCUCCAGGUGACGUGGCAGGAGGCCCAGCGGACUGGCAACCCGAUGUCGGAGCAGCUCCUGGAGCAGUUUGAGCGUCUGAUGAUUGUGUACCUGUCAACCAAAGCUGCCACUACGCAGCCUGCCAUGCUGCAAUGCUGCCUUAACCUCCAAGCUUCCACUGCUGCUCUGCUAGUUCAGCUUAGUGUGGGAAACCAGGGGACUGAACAUGUAGCGCUCAGUUUCCCGCUGCCCUCCAUGCAGAAUACUCUGCUCUGCUAUGUACCGGAGUUUUUUGCAGAAAACUUGGGAGAUUUUUUCAUUUUUCUGCGGCGAUUUGCUGACGAUGUCUUGGAGACUUCUACAGAAAAUCUGGAGCAGAUUUUUAACUUCAUCACUGUCUUCAUGGGUAAUGUGGAGAGGAUGAAGAACCCACACUUAAGGGCAAAGCUUGCGGAAGUCUUAGAGGCGGUGAUGCCACACAUGGAGCCUGUAGUUCCUGGUGCUGCUCAGCCAAUUGUGUUCCAGCGAGAGAGAGUCUUCUGUUCCUACAAAUAUGCACCUCAGCUGGCCGAGGCCCUCAUCACUGUGUUUGUAGACAUUGAAUUCACAGGUGAUCCUCAUCAGUUUGAACAGAAAUUCAACUACAGAAGGCCCAUGUAUCCCAUCCUCAAGUACAUGUGGGGCAAAGAUAACUACAGAGAGAGCGUCAAGCAUUUGGCCGACUAUGCAUCCGAGAACCUGGAGGCCAUGAAUCCCCCUCUGUUCCUCAGGUUCCUCAACUUACUGAUGAAUGAUGCCAUCUUCCUCCUGGAUGAGGCUAUUCAGUACCUGAGUAAAAUCAAGGUUCUGCAGCUGGAGCGGGAUCGAGGGGAGUGGGAAGGCCUGGCCCCUGAUGCCCGAAGAGAGAAAGAGUCAAGCCUGCAGAUGUUUGGACAGCUGGGACGUUUCCACAACAUCAUGUCGAAUGAGACCAUCGGCACACUGGCCUUUCUCACCUCAGAUAUCAAGGGGAUCUUUGUGCACCCCUUCCUGGCUGAGAGGAUCAUCUCCAUGCUGAACUACUUCCUGCAGCACCUGGUGGGUCCUAAGAUGGGUGCCCUUAAAGUCAAGGACUUCAGUGAGUUCGACUUCAAGCCCCAGCAGCUUGUUUCCGAUAUCUGCACCAUCUACCUAAACCUGGGUGAUGAGGAGAAUUUCUGUGCUACAGUCCCAAAGGAUGGAAGAUCGUACUCUGCUACCCUCUUUUCCCAGACUGUUAGGGUACUGAAGAAGAUCAACAAACCUGGUGACAUGAUUGUCGCUUUUGGACUUUUUGCUGAUAAAAUAAAGCCCCAUGCAGAUAGACAGCAGCAGGAAGAGGAGACAUAUUCAGAUGCUCCAGAUGAGUUCUUGGACCCCAUCAUGUCCACUCUGAUGCUGGAUCCUGUUCUUCUCCCUUCUUCCAACGUAACAGUCGAUCGCCCAACAAUAGCAAGGCAUCUCCUUAGUGACCAGACAGACCCUUUCAACCGUAGUCCUCUAACCAUGGACCAGAUCAGGCCAAAUGAGGAACUCAAACAGCAGAUUUUACAGUGGCUGGAUAAGCAUAAGCAGGAGAGGCUGCAGCUGGGACCCAGUGGCUAGCUGUGAUCCCUCACUGUGACAAACAAUGACUGCAUCUUUGUUUUCUUUCCUGGCCUGCAUCUCAUGUGCUCCUCUGCUUCUUGGCUAAUCCACUGUGUGCUUUCCUCUGUGGAUUUUCUUCUGAGUCCUCAGAUACGACUAAUGUUGCAUUAGGCUUUUCAUGCAGCCUUCAUCCUCUGUGGAUUCUCUCUGCCACAGCAGUCCAGACAACCUGUAGCGCAGCGGCUGGUGGCAACUUCAAAAUCCAUGCACAGCAGCCGUUUGACUCCACUGACUCUGCUUCCUUUUCCCCUGAAUACCGUGUAUUGAUUAGUUAUUAUUACAGUCAGGGCUGUGGCCAGAGGUAUCAGUUUCAACAGGACUUGUUGAAUGUACUGAAUGAACUCCUGCCUAACCAGCUGGCCACGACAAGAUUUUAUACAGCAAGGUAAGUAUUUUUGGGAACUCAUUAGGCAGAACAUGGAUGGAGUCAUUUAUGAUUUAACCUUGAUUUCACCUUCAUAAAGAAUACAUCACACACUGCCUUUCAAAGGUCUUGAACAUCCUAUAUUUGAGCAUUUUGGUGAUAUCUCAAGCACCAUUGUAAAUAGAAUUAGCAAGUAAGAUUAAAGUUGAAUUAAACUCUGACUUUUAUUUUAUUAGAAAUAAUCUGGAGAUAUUCAAAACAUGUAGCACAAAAUCCUACUGUGUAUUUUGAAAUGUAUACAUAAAGUUUUUGCUGAUUUGUCCAGUACCUGUUUGACUGAGCUGAACGGCUUCCAAACUUGAAUCUCAUUACUAAUUUCAGUAAGGUUAAAUUUGUAAUUGCACCUAUAUUAUGUACUCAUUUUAAUUUUAAGGUCUUGAGGAUGGCCAUAUUUCUUGAAAUUGGACCAAAAAAGAAUAUAGAAGAAUAUAGGGUUCAAUUAUCUUUGACUGGUGGUCCAUAUGAUAGUCAUUGCCAUCCUUUGAAUUAACAUCACCAGAUGGAAGUGAUCCUGAACUGGUUUUUGUGUGAAUGCAUAGCAUAUUAACAUGUGGGCAGACAGCUGAUCAAUAGAUCUGGUGCCUAAAACCAAGAGCCUUGCAAGUAAAUGUCAGCAAUUGAGGAUCUGACUUGUUUCAUACUUAUAAGAGACAUAGUUAUGAGUUUGUAAAUGAAAGAAAGAAAAUCAGACAAGGUAACUUGUUAUUGAGUAGCUUUUUGAAUUAAAGGGUUUUUAAUUCAUAAUUAAAUGUGGUUGUAUAAAAUGGCAAAAUGUGAUAGAAAUACACAAAGAUGUAUUUGUUGGCAUGCUCUCAUACUGUAUGUUGAAUAUCUACCAUCUGAAGGAUUAUGUGGGUUAAAUUAUGAUGCAAUAUCUUUGUUUUAAUUGUGUUUAUUUGAAUGUACAGUAUGAUUUAAGAAAUAAAACUAAUGUGCGUUAUAUAA